CAGCCUCAGCCCCGGGCUCGGCGUCUCCCGCCCUCUCCCGCCCGCUGCCGCCUGCCCCGCCGCCGCCGCCAGCCCCGGCUCCCUCGGCGCGGAAGAUGCUGCGGCUCUGCCUCCUCGCCGCGCACGCUCUGACGCUCGCCGGGGCUUCCUCCCUCUCCCCGGGGUCCUGUGCCUUUGAGGACAGCACCUGCGGAUACGAAUGGGACUACGCGCAUCUGCCCUGGGCACUGCACGGCGAAGGACAUUACAUUUCUGUGGAUACAUCUUACAAGGGUGAGAAAGCAGUGCUGUCCAGCCCUGAGCUGUACUCUGAGGAGUGGAGCUGUGUCAGACUGAUUUAUCAGAUAGCAACAACUUCGGAGACUUCACCUGAUCCCACCAGGCUCAACUUGUACCUGCGGCAGGAAGGAGAGAGCUUUGAUCGUUUGCUGUGGUCAACCACGGAGCCUUCAGAUAGCUGGCUCAUAGCUAGCCUAGAUUUAAUGAACAGCACAAAGAAAUACAAGAUUGUACUGGAAGGUGAAAUGGGACAAGAUAAAUCCUCUAGUAUAGCAGUUUUUGAAAUUAAAAUAACUCCUGGAUAUUGUAUUGAAUGUGACUUUGAAGAAAAUCAUCUUUGUGGCUUCAUGAACCGCUGGAACCCCAAUGUCAACUGGUUUGUUGGUGGAGGGAACAUUCGCAAUUCUCAUUCUGUGCUGCCCAGAGACCACACACUUAACAGUGAACUGGGUCACUACAUGUAUGUGGACUCUAUUUACAUUAAGCAUUUUCAGGAAGUAGCCCAGCUAAUCUCACCAAAGACCACAGCCCCAAUGUCUGGCUGCUUAUCUUUUCAUUAUCAACUUAAGCAGGAGAGUAGCAUCGUUUUUACUGUUUACUUGAGAGACACGAGUGGCUUUUAUGAAGAGAUCUGGAAAACAGACAGUGCACCAAGCACUGACUGGGCUCUUGCAGAAGUUGACUUCAAUGCACUGUACCCCAAGGAGGUAAUAUUUGAAGUUGCUUUCAAUAGUGCCAAGGGAGGUUACGUUGCCCUUGAUGACAUUUCUUUCUCCCCAGUUUACUGCAGCAACCAGACAGGAACUACUUUCAAUCCCACUGAGGCAGGCUGCAAUUUUGAGGAAGAUCUGUGUAAUUUUUACCAGGAGCAAAAAGACGGUCCAGGGUGGACCAGAGUGAAAGUGAAGCGUAAUAUGUAUAGAGCAGGAGAUCACACUACUGGGUUUGGUUAUUACUUAUUGGCAAACACAAAGUUUACAUCAGAGCCUGGGUACAUUGGACGUCUGUAUGGCCCAACCCUGCCAGGAAACUUACAGUUUUGUCUGCGUUUUUAUUAUGCCUUAUAUGGGUUUUUCAAAAUGAGUGGUACACUUGCUGUGUACAUCUUUGAGGAGAAUCAUGUUGUUCAAGAAAAAAUUUGGUCUGUCCUGGACUCUCCAAGGGGAGUUUGGACUCAAGCUGAAAUUUCCUUCAAAAAGCCUAUGCCAUGCAAGGUUGUCUUUGUCAGCUGGUGUAAAAGCUUCUGGGACUGUGGACUUGUGGCCCUGGAUGAUGUAUCACUGAGCCUGGGAAGCUGCCAGGCUGCUGAUCUGUUGCUCCCCAAUCCUGGAGAGUGCACUUUUGAAAAAGAUGAGUGCAUGUUUACCCAGAAGAAGAAAGGUCGUGGAAGCUGGCACAGGAUGAGAGGGCCGACUCCCACUUCUUACACUGGACCCAAAGGAGACCACACUACUGGGGUAGGCUACUACAUGUACAUAGAGGCAUCUGACAUGGUCUAUGGACAGAGAGCGUACCUAGUUUCAAGAUCACUAAGGGGAAUGCCUGGAAAACAGUGCUUGACAUUUUUCUAUCACAUGUAUGGAGCUGGAACUGGAUUAUUAAGUGUUUAUCUAAAAAAGGAAGGUGAUGAUGAAGAGAUUCCUUUGUGGAGGAGGACAGGAGAACAAAGCAUCUCAUGGCUAAGGGGACUGAUAGAAUAUGAAAGUGAUAGAAACUACCAGAUUGUUUUUGAGGCAAUCCGUGGUGUGUCAGUGAGAAGUGACACUGCUGUUGAUGACAUUUUGUUCCAGGCAGGACCCUGUUUAGAAGUGGAAGAAAUUCAAUUCUCACCGGGCUAUCCUGACAGCUUAAAUGAAAUUGAGUAUUAAACACAGUCUGUGGAAAGGAAUGAAGUGCAUAGAAGAAUCAUUGUGUGAGAAACUGCACAAACUGCCUGUUUUAAUGUAUGUUUUAAGUAAAUACUGGACUGGUUUGAAUAUGCACCGAUGUAUAGGAAGAACUCGGAGCACUCGUGUUCCUUGCCUUUGCAAUGAAAUUAUUGACUCAGGGCUUCUUAGACUGUUUUUUUAUAUAUUUUUUCUUCUGCAUGAGGUAUCAGUUACUACAGAAAUGCUUCCCAUUUUGCACAAAUCAUUCAUUUCAAUGCCUUUUUUGUUUGUUUUUUCUUAACCUUUCUGGUACACCGAUAAAAAGGGGAAAGCAAAGGUGCACAAUGAAAAUGUAACAUUGUGUUGCCUUAAAUCUGCAUUCAGUGAAUGUUUUGUGUCGGGUACAGAAUGGAUUUUUGUUAAGGAAAUUAUAAAUAUGUUGAAGUAAAGAAAGUAGUAUUAGCUACUAGUGAUAGCAGGUUAAGUGCAAUUAUUCACUAUGACAAAUCUCUCUGGGAAACUUAACACUCAAUUUUUUGUGGUUUUGUGUUCUUUUACUAUAACAAAUAUAUUUGUCAUCCUUGACAUUAACCAACUCACUUAUACUGUUCCAGUAUCACUCAGUGUAAGCUGCUGACAUUAUGACCUAUAUGAAAUGAAAUCCUUUGAAGCCAUGUAUUUUCUGGUUUCGAAGUCUUGUUGCUUUUUUUAAUAAAUCACUUUGUACACUCACAGAGAAUGUACUUACCUUUUACCCAACCACAGAUGCCUUGCAUUUGUAUUAAUCGGAAUUCACACAACUGUGUUUUUAAGACUGUAUGUGUUUGUGUGUAAGGUUUUGUUUUGAAACUACUAUAACUUCCUAAUAAAAUGUAGCUUGAAAAUCA